GCAAUGAAAGCCACAUCUCCACGAGCAGUGCCUAAUCAUGUUGUGGGGGACUCGUAGAUGAGAGCAACAGCUAGCUCGAGUGCGAGGGUAUCAUAAGGAGGAAGAAGGACCAGUAAAAAUGCUUCUUUUUUACCAUCACAUACGUCCAUUUGAGUAGGGUGGAAGGAAGAGGAUAUAAAUUUGUAGUAACAAUUGCUGCUAGCUUUUGCUGUCCUGAUCAAACAUUCUCCUUUCUCUCGACCCCUUCGAUUAUCCUCCACUUUCCAAACCCUAGAUUGGAAUUUAACCGAAGCAGCAGCGGGUUGCGGGAUGGGGCGAGGGAAGAUUGAAAUCAAGCGCAUCGAGAACACGACCAACAGGCAGGUGACCUUCUGCAAGCGCCGGAACGGUCUUCUCAAGAAGGCCUACGAGCUGUCCGUCUUGUGCGACGCUGAGGUCGCACUCGUCGUCUUCUCCAGCCGCGGACGCCUCUAUGAGUACGCCACCAAUAGUGCGCGAACUACAAUUGAGAGGUACAAGAAAGCCUGCAGGGAUACCGCCAACACUGGUCAUGCUUCAGAAGUCAAUGCUCAGUAUUACCAGCAGGAAUCGUCAAAGCUCCGUCAGCAAAUCAACCAAUUACAGAGUACAAACAGACAUUUGCUGGGUGAGUCUCUCGCAUCCAUGAGCCUACGAGACAUCAAGCAACUUGAGACUAGGUUGGAGAAAGGCGUGACUAAAAUAAGAUCCAAGAAGAAUGAGUUGAUGCUUGCUGAAAUUGACUAUAUGCAGAGAAGGGAGAUGGAGCUGCAAAAUGGCAAUAUGUACCUGAGAAACAAGCAGAUAGCUGAGUGUGAGAGAGCACAACAGAUGACUGUAUUUCCAUCAUCCACAACAACAAUUGGGUACGAGGUGGUGCCACCUUAUGAUUCCAGAAACAUGUUGCAAGUGAAUAAUACUAUGCAGACUGAUGAACAGUAUAGCCACCACCAGCAGAUUAAUCUGCAACUGGGGUGAGAUAAAACAACGGAGAUGCUUCUGGAAAUACAUGUCUAAUUAGUGCAACUAGUUAUUAUAGAACGAAAAAAAAAAAGUGUAUGGCCAUGAUUGUUGAACGUAUAUAUAGUCCUCUCCAUGUCCAAUACCCAUGGUGCUUGGUAGAAGACCAUUAAAUAUAUAUUUGCGUUUAAAUAAUCACUUUGUAUGGUUUAGAUAACUCUAUAUGUUGUAACUAUAUAAUAUUGUCCUUUAUGUACACUAACAAGUCUUUGUUUGAACUGUA